AUGUCGGAACAAGACAUAGCAGAAGAAUUGAAAGAUCAAGGAGUGUCUUCGGUGAAACGUUUCACCAGAAAAAGGCCAGAUUCUACCAUUGAACAAACAAAUACCUACUUGUUCACUUUUGCGCGGUCCAAAAUACCACAGUCGAUCAAAGCUGGUUAUGUCAACAUCGGAGUGGAGGUGUAUGUCCCCAAUACACUCCGGUGCUUUAGAUGUCAGAAGUUUGGCCAUGGCUCCAAGAACUGCACUCGUCAUACGUUGACGUGGGUCAAAUCUGCUCGCCCCAUGCCAACUACACCAGUCAUCGAGCAAGAUCCAACAGACAGUCAAACAUCUCAGGCACCUUCAACAUCCCAGGCAGAGAGUCAGACGCCGUCACAACAAAUUCCACAACAAGCAGCAGCUACAACUAUAACAAAACGUGAAAGAAAGAAGUUAAACAGGAAACAAUCGUCCAGGAAUUCUUCUCAGUCAGAGGUGCCUGUCAAGAACACCUACAGUGCUCUAGACAUGGACAUUACUCCAUCAUCACAGAGUUCUGUGAGGAGUUCUUCUCCAUCACGUCCGCGUGAGAGAUCACCCAUUGAACCACCAUGA